CAAAUCCAUCCCAAAGAGUGCGAACUGACGGCCGAACAGUUUGACGAGAAGGAGACACUCAUGAAGGAGACAAAGAUUGUCAACAUUCCUCUGACACAACUCUAUGUCAUUAGCGAUGGCGACUGCGAGGACCAGUUCCACAGAACCGCUCUCAUCAUCGAACAAAUUCGCUUCUUUUACGGCCAUCUGUGGCGCCCGUGGGAUGAGAUGACGAGCAGCGAGACGGCCGGUCACGAGCCCUUUGUCGAGACCAAACUCCUGCCGCGACUCGAGUUGGCGUUUGAUAUGAAGGAUAAAAUCAUUCCUCAGUCGACGAUAAACCGGAUUAAGAACUUGUUGUCUGAGGGCUGGGCUAUUAAGCGCACGCUUGAAGCCAUCGAUUCCUCCACAUCUUUCGGCGAAAUGGAUAUCAGUAUCGAAGACAAUAGUGAUGUCGAUUACAUCAAUGAACCCGAUUUGGUUCAGGCCUUGAAACUUAAGCUUAGGCUCGAAGACAUUGAGCGUGAGAUGAGACUACUCGAAGACAAACACUUGCGGAUUAUAGUGUCGUCUCUCCGGUCAUGCGGUGAUAGCAAUGGGUUUGGCAUUGAGUUGCCCUCACAGUCACAGCAAAACAAAAUCCAUUUAAUCGCCCAAAAGUUUACUUUGGUUUCAAUGAAAGACAUAACGUCUUCAGUUUCAGAGAUGAUAAACGACACAACAGUUGAGUUUGAGUUUCACAAAAACUUCGGUCAAGCGUUGGCUUCCGUUAAAUCUGGUGAUAAGAUCUUCGUAAUGCCCGGACUCUACUCGUGUCCGAUUCUUCCUUGGAUUGAAUCCGAUAUCGAAGUGAAGGGAAUUUGCGGAACCGCUGAUGAGAUCAUCAUUGAAGCCAAAGAGUCGAUCGGAGAUAUAUUUAUUAAUUGCAAUGCACUCAAAGUGGUCUUCUCUGGUCUCACGUUUCGGUCCACUUCCGAACUCCAGUGCCUUCUUAUGAUUCAUAAGGGAUUCGUUACGUUCAACGACUGCGUCCUCGACGGCAACCAUCAGACAAGGAAUGCGUUGAUUGUGUUGUCCAAAGCGAAGGUCGAGAUCGAGAACUGCAGAAUCGUUAAUGAGAGCGGAAAUAGCAUUAUAUCC